AUGCUCCACCUUGAUUCCGUAAAAAUGCCUGUUUUAUCCGAAGAGGAAGAUUAUUGUUUUGAUCAUACAUAUGUCUCCGACAAAUGCAAAAGCCUAUUACACAGUGAUGAUCCCGAUCCCGUUUUUCGACACAAGGUUUUACUGGCAAUUCACAAGUUAGCUAUUCCUACUUGGUCCCGAGUACCAGUAGCUUCCCACCCUACACUCAUUAUUAAAAGAAUUUCUGGUGCGUUAACGAAUGCCGUCUAUUAUAUUGCCCCUCCUGAAGGCUUUAAAGCCAUUAAGCUCUUGCUGCGUAUUUACGGACCAAAUGCCGAAUUGUUUAUCAAUCGUUUGACUGAGCUUGAGAACCUGAAACGACUAGCCAGACAUAGCAUCGGUCCCCGUUUGCUUGGCGAAUUCGGUAAUGGGCGUUUUGAGCAAUAUAUGGAGUCCACCACACUGACAGCCGAGACGAUUCGGGAUCCUAUAUGUUCUAUUUACGUAGCACGCCGUAUCUCUGAACUCCAUUAUGUUAUACAGUUAACGCCCACAGAACAGUAUGAAAUGCCUAAUGCAUGGAAGUUUUCCUUUAGCUGGCUUCCUUUGGCCAGAAAAAACUUACAAAACCGAAGACAUCCUUUGUCUAUAACCGUAAACUUUUUGGACGCUAUUGAAAGAGAUUUCCAUAAUUAUUUUCAAUGGUUUACUAACUGGUCUAAUGAUAAAAAGCAUUGGGCCUCCUUGCAGAAUGUCUUUUCCCACAAUGAUACCCAAUACGGAAAUAUCUUGCAGAUGAAAACUAAGCGUCGUUCUUUCAAACCAGAAAAUAAACAUCACAUACUUGUUCCUGUUGACUUUGAGUAUGCUGGUCCUAAUGUACGAGCGUAUGAUAUUGCAAAUUACUUUGCCGAAUGGAUGGCAAAUUAUCAUCACCCUACUCAAAGCCAUUUGAUGGAUCGUUCUCGAUAUCCCAAUUUUGAAGCUCGCAAGCGGUUUUAUCGUGCUUAUAUCGAACAAGGUGCAGUAUUUCAUAAGAAAUUAGUGGUAGAAGAUGCUUCAGAAUUAACUUCCAACCUUCCCGAGCCUCUUGAAUCCGAAAUUAAUACUCUAGUACACCAGCUCGAAGAAGCAGUUCGUGCUGUUUCGCCGGCGGUUAAUGCUGUUUGGGCUCUAUGGGGCGUUAUGCAAUGCGAAGAAACCGACGAUGAAUGGGAAGAUCUUAGCGUAAGCAGUGAACAAGACAAACCCGAUGGUUCCUCUCCGAAGGCUGACUCUAUUAAUGUUCCUCCAAUUGGCUCAACCUCCUUUGAUUAUAUCAACUAUAGCAUGGAAAAAUUUAAUUUAUUUUACGAGACGAGUGCUGCUUUGGGUCUGAAUGCUAACAACCGUUCGACCUUUCCUUAUGAUUAA